AUGGAAUCAUUUCCUCCACCAAAAGGCGUAUCUCCAGAUAUCUAUGCUGCUAGAUGCUACAUUUCCAUGUGGUUCAUUGACCUUUAUGUUUCUAUCCGUAAGGAUGUACGGAAGCUUCCAGCAGGUGAAUUCCACGAGAGAUAUCAAGGAAAGCUUUUUUUUUUUAUCUCCCGCGAGUAUGACAACUACUUGACUUUACUCAAUGCUUCAAUCCGCCCCACUCAUGUUAAACAUGCUAUUGAUAAUGCGCGAUACAUUCCCAUUAUAGCCGACUCUAUCGAUGUCAACAAUCCAAGCCCCUUCGGGAUUAACAACUUCACACGUGAAAGAGACCUCUUUUAUGGCUUAACCCAUAUUAUGAAAACAAGUAGAAUUUGGCGUUUCGCUCCACUCUUUAGCGAUGCAAAUGGACGACCAUGGUGGCUAUUUGAUUGGCACUUUAAAGAUCAUGUAUGCUCAUGGUUUCCAUGUAAAGAUAACUACGAUCCCGAGGAUGUCACCCUUGCUUAUAUUCUUGGAACCGCUUGUACUCCAAAUCUUGGAGAUAGAGAUGUUGAUGAGUGGCAGUACUUUGCUGAAGGUGUUGUACCACACGGUGAUCCAAAUCCAGGGAGCUAUGAUCGUGUAGAUGAGAGACGCUUUUAUGGUUCUUAUGAAGUUAGGACCAUGGAGAUUGAUCCUGAAUUCUCCCUUGCACGAAUGCUAGCACCAAUUCUUUCUCAAGUUGACCCAAACAUAGCUGCUACAGUUGCAGAAAGAGGCACAACACCAACAACCACCAUAAAGCUAAGGUGGGAAGAGCAAUCGUCCCACCCUGACAUUGCUAUCACAAGAAAUGAAGAACCUCAAGAAGGCGACCAACCAAUGCCGCUAUAUAAGUUAGUUGACCAAACGACGCCACGUUUCAGGUUAAUCGACUGGGUUUAUUACUGUCGUGUUAUUCGCCAGAUGGAUAACGAGACGAGGGCCAUCGCCCAUGGGAUUAUGUCCCUUGCUUGA